CCGGGUUUUCCAAUUACACGAGAACGAGGCAAAAAAAUUUCGUUUACUAGAAUAUCUAACCAAUCAAAAUGCCGAAAUAUUUUAAGACAGCCAAUCAGCGCACAGCGAGGUGUAUUCAAAUUGGGACGUCAUUAAAAAAAUUUGAAAUUCCCCAUUCAGAUUGCACGCCGAAGGAGUCUUCUUUUAUUUUGGGUUUAUUUCGCUGUUGAAAAAGGAGAUAUACCUUUCUUUUUGGCCAAAAUGUCUGCUGCAGAUAUCUAUUACUCAAAGAAAUACCAAGACGACUUUUACGAAUACAGGUUUGCGAAGUUUUAUGCACUUUUUUACGAGGUUUUGUUGGUCUGAAAUUUACCGGUUUCGAGGCCAUGUUUGAAUUUGAAAACAUCAAAUUGUGGUACGUGUAUCAAUAAAGAUGUAGCUAGAAGCAGCUUUUUUAGUUCCUUAAAAUUUAAACUCACUUUGGAUGUGAAAUUUUCUUUUGUAGACACGUUAUUCUGCCGAAAGAACUCGCAAAAAGAGUACCAAGGGCGCUCAUGUCGGAAGAUCAAUGGCGAUCCAUCGGAGUUCAACAGUCGCUUGGUUGGGAGCACUAUAUGAUUCACAGCCCAGGUAGGAAAAAAACACUUGACUACUUUGAUACCUAAACAAAAUUUGCACUAUAUAUGUGAUAUUUUGUGUUUCCUGUUUUCACUCUAUAUCAAUAAAAUUUUGAUUUUCAGAGAGACAUGUUCUGUGCUUCAGAAGACCACUUCCUGGCGUUGAAUGUGCCACGAUUCCUUACUGAUCGCUGUUUGAAUUCAAUGGUCUUGAUUGGGAGUCUUCACAAUGAACUCUUGGGAUUGAAGGGAAUUGUAAAUUUUUGUACAGAGAUUAAAUUUACUUGAGAACUUUGCUUCCACAAAUAUACGCCAAAAAGCUAGAAACUUUAGCUUUAUUAUUAUUUGAGCUAGAGUGCUGGUAGAUUUGGUUGUUUGGACAUUCCAUUUAAAAUCCAUACUGGGCAUCUAAAAGUUGAUUCUGAUUCUAUAAAUCCAAAAUUUUGUACCCAACCAUUGGAGUGAUUUACACACACUAUCAACGUUUCUGUCAAGGAUUUGUAAGAAAUGUUUGAGGGAAAAACUCAGUGUUAUGUAAACACUGAAUCUCUCAAACGUUUCUUACAUGGGUAAACCCAUGCAAAAUUCCUACUGUGAUCACAGAAAGGAGCUAUGAUGGGGCAGGAGCUAUGAGGGUUUCUGUAAAUUCGCAAUUCUAAAACUGAAGUUAGAGUUGUGGGUGGAACGACAAGUAUAAAUCCGGGUGUGGAUUUUAAAUGGAACUACUGUAAUGCAUGCUCUGAACCUAUAAAAAUGUCGAUUCUAACUUGUGGUCUUAAUUUACAUGUAACACAUACUGGAAUGUGGCAGACAAGCUUUUCUGGCUUAUAUACUGACACUGAUUAUUUAUUAGGUAAAAGUGAUUUGAUAUCAUUGUAUAUUUGUGGUUUGUGUAGUUUGAUAUAUUUAGCAAUUUGAAAUAAAAAGUUAAAGUAUACUUUGUGUCUUGGAUAAAGUUGUUCAUAUCAUACCCUGCCUUGUGUAAUGCAACCACACAAGAAUGUACCCACAGCCCGACCUAGGCCUUUACUCGGCAAGCGGCACUUGAUUUGCAGGUUAAUUGACUCCGAUGACGCCAUGAGCACAGAAUAAAGACACACAGAAGGUAGACUAGAGUAACCGCUGCCACACCAUGAUUCAUCAUCAAAAUGCUGACACCUUUGUCCUAGCCAGUGUGUGUUUGAGAGGCAUUCCCCCCUGGAAGUCUGCCAUUUUGAAUAUUAUCGGGGGUGUGAAUGUCUCUCAAAUGCACACUGGCUAGGACCAUGGCAUCAGUAUUUUGAUGACAAAUUACGGUUAUGCCAAAAUCAUUGGAAAACCAAGAAGUCUGGCUUCUGUGUAGUCUAUUCUGUGCCACGAGGCAGCAUUGCUAGGUUCCAGUCUUCUCACAUGAAAAGUGCUCAAAUAUAAAUGCCCUAUGUCUACUGUAGGCUGCCAAGCCUAGUUGAUACAACAUUACAAAUCUGUGCCUGGUGAUGCAGUCUUCAGCCUGCUGACCUGAAAUAGCCUGCAUCUAUCUCACUGUAUCUCUUCUUGUUCAUGAAUUUUAGCUCAAAAUCUGCUUGUGCAAAUAUACAUCAACACUCCUUAACAAUUAGGCACCUUGACAUGCUUGCAAUAAUUAUGACCCAAAUUGAAACCAGGCUUUACUUUGCUAAGUAGUGGGUUAAACUCUGGAGGCAACCCAUUGUUAAGUGAAUGCAUAGUCGGCAUUUGAUGUUAAUGAUGAACCUCAGCUAUGUGACAAAUUGCCAGCUUUGCAAAAUAAAAGAACCGACUGACCCAACCGUCCCGAGGGAAAAGGAGUAUAAAAGUAUCUUCCACACU